AUGGUAAAACUUUUUUGUUGUGACAGCGAGUCCAUAGACGGCGAAGUGGUGGAGACUCGCAGGCACAGUCGCGCUUCUUGGAGCGAGCCAGGCGACGCGCCCCCUCUGCCUCCAAGGGUUUCAGGCGACAAGCGUUCCUGGACUGAGGCACCCCCAGCGGUCCCUCGACGCGCCAACCGGCCGGCCGAGGCAGCUGAUGAACGCGACUCUGGUGUAAGCGUGGACGCACACGCUUACACUAACGCUGACGAUCAUCGUCUGCAUCAGAACGAUCUCGACCUAGCAGUGGAGUCCCUCCGCUACGAGGAGAUAAUCUCAAUGAUGUCGGAGCCGCUUCGCGUGGAUGAAGAAGAGACGCCGCCGCCCAUCCCGCCCAAGGGGCUCGGCCACCUCAGCAGCUUCGACUCGGGUCACCACGAGAACGGCGAGUCGCACUGUUAACGCCAAAGCGUAGGUAACACCACUAUUAUUAUGGUUUAUCAUCAUUGACGUGUCUCCUUCCAAUAGGGAUGUUUCCUGGGUAAAAAAGUUUGUCCGUCGGUUAACUUAUCAAAAAAUACUCCACACGUAAUUUUAACUUUUUCAAACUAAUGAAAGUUAAAAGAGAUACAGCGCGUCAAAGUUCUAAAGAAGAGGCCCGUGGUGUCAAGGUGUGCUUAUUAAAAAUGUAGCAGUUUGUGACGUCGCGCGGUACUUCAACGCACCAUAACUUAGUAAUUACCUUGUUUGAUUUGCAAAUAAAAAUAUACGUGUCCAAUAUUUUUUGGUAAUGUAACCGACGAACUAAAAGUUUUGUUUUUAGAAAACUAGCCUAUUAUUUAUGUAUGUAUCAUACGCACUGACAAUACUAUAGUGUUGCAACUCAAAAUGUGACUUUUUUGCGCAGCACAAAGCAAGUUUUUGACUGGAAUCUGGACAGGAAUUUGUGUAGGAUGGUAUAUGCCUGCCCUGUUAGUGUUUAUUAAACUGUCGACUUUCAGAAUCGACUCAUAUUUUGAGAUGCAACACUAUCGUAUUAUCAGUGCGAUUGUGCACAAUUAUUUUAUUAUUCAAGUUUGUAAUUUAACACUUGAAACAACAGUAAAAAUCGAAUAGAAAAUGACAAAAUUGCAUUUUACGUACAGUUACAGUUACAGUAACUCGAAUGAAACACUGACGAAUGAUACCAUUUUAUGAUAUGAUUUAUUAAAGUUAGUUGGAUUUGCUUUAGUAAACAAUUGGCCUUUGUUAUUUAAUCACACUAGCUUGUGUUGUAAUAACAAGAAAAACACGGUAACUAUUUUCGUGUGAGUGGUAUCAUUAGUAGUAAAAAAAGUAGUGUAGCCACUCCUAGGGUUUAGUGUUUAUUUUUCCCAAUACUAAUCCUCUGGAAAGACCAAACUAAAUAUUUAAAUGAAAUAUGUUUAAACGAGUUUUUGUUACGUAUUUUUUAUUAAAAUCAAAUUAUUAUCAUUAAAUCCAGAUAAAAACAUUAUCUAGUAGCUCAAAGGUUUAUUUUAUUUUCAUCCAAAAAUUGAUUAUUAUCGUGAUUACUGCAUUUUUUAGAUUGAAUGUUACGCUGGGGCUCAUUACUAAAAUUUAUAUGCUAUUUUAUUCAACAAUUAUUUUAAUAUUAUAAGAAUAAACUUAGCUAAGCAUAUCAUUCCAAAAGUGGAUAAUAAUAUUAUAUUUAUAUAGAUGUGUUUGCAUUUAUUUUUUAUGCAUCUGCGCCAUAGUACACGUGAUUUACUAUUUGUAGUUUAAUUAUUAUCUUUUUGUUUACACUAAAUAAAUACAUUUGAAAAUAAAAUAGUAAAUUGAAUGGGCAGUAAAUUGCUGCUAUCUUGAUUUAAUACCGAUCCACAUUUCUUGUGAAAAUAUUUUUAUCUAUUUCAAAUCCAUAGAAUAUGGAUCGUUUUAUAAUUGUGAUAAAUAUGCUUUUAUAAUUCCUAAAAAAAAAGUAUUAACUUUGUCAUAAGUCAUUUUCAUUUAUAUUUUUAAAUUGGCUUUAUGUUAAAACGUUUUAUAGUUGGGUAAAUACGUUUGGGUUUAUGAAAUAUAAAAUUUAAAUGAGACUUUUAAAAUAUUUUUAUGUAUCAUGCAAAUAUGAAUGAAUUAUUUUAUUUAUAUCGGCAGCAAUAAAUAUUAUAUGCAUCAUGCAAAUACAUAAGCGCAAUCUAAAAUUCUUGCUCAAAAUGAAGCAGCUAAGUAUAUUGUGGACUUUUUUCUAAAAAUAUAUUAUGCCGGAUCUCUAGGUUAUAUUUGCGUCCAAUCCAAAUUGAAAAUAUAAUAUACAUUGUAUAUCUUAUGAUGCUUCUAUUUUUACACAGAUAUUAUGCUUAAGUUCAUAAUUAUAUAGGAAAUAUUAUGCUAAGUAUUUUUAUGUAUUAAUAAUCGAGCAACUGGACAUUAUCAUCGUUCUUAUUGUAAUCAUGUUGAUGAUAAAGAAAAAAACCAUUGCAUUUGGGCAAAACAGUCCAGGAAAGAGCUCAAUCUGAAAUUUUGCGUCUUCUAAAAAUAUUUUGUAUUCAUCAUAGAUUUUAUAUAUCGCUCAUAUUAGCGAAAAACAAUUAUACCGUAAAGCAUUAUGCGAAAUUCGUACAAAUGACAUGAUUUUUUUUAACGAAUAUCUAGUAAUAUUAAACAUAUUUUUAUCAGACAUACUGCAAAUACUGCAAUGCAAAUGUAAACUGUGCAAUUUAUAUACUUAAGUCUUUUUUUAAAGUAUUUUGACUUUUCUUAUUAUACAUGAUAUAAAUCAAUUUUAUUAUGAUCGCAAUUACUUUACUAUUAUUGCAUUGUGUAGUCCAAGUAACUUAGUGUCUAGAUUGUAAUCGUAGUUUAUAUUUUUAUGAAAUAUUGGUACAUGUCAAAUUGCUUCAUUAUUUGGAUCUCAAGUUUUUAUCAAAAUAUAGUAUUAAAUCUUUUCAAAACUUAUUCCAUCAUUGGUACCUAUAAUGACAUCAUUCAAAAUUAAUUUCAAUUAAAAAAUAAUUAUAUAAAACUAUUUAUAUAACACACUUUAAAAAUCGCGUCACUUAAUUCAUGAUGUCAUUCCUUUUAUAACACGUUUUUUCGAUGUUCAGACUUUAAUACUUUGAUUUAAAAGAAUUUAUAGAUUUAAUGAAAUCUAAAACAAACAAACUGAAAACCUUACACUGUCUUUCUACAUGUCUUACCAAUAACCAAGUGAUAUUUUCAUACUAUACAUACAGUAGUUUUUUUUAAAUAUACAUAUUAUAAUAGUACAUAAGAGUUAGGAUUUAUGAUCACUUUACCAACGAACAUUUGUUCAAGAUUUUUACAGCUGUUUUUAUCUGUUUACUCGUGUAUACUAUUCGUGACUGUAUAUCUAAUGGCUUUUUUACUAGUUUUGUAUUUAACAUGUAGUGCGUUGAUGUUACUACAAAAUGUAGCCUGAAAUUUUAUUUUAUUACAUACUUAUCAUAAGAGAUAUACCUACAAAGGUGCAGCUACCCGAUAAGGAAUAAUGCACGUUAAUCCUACCUUUUUAAACCUGCGGGUUGAUUUGUACUACAAUGUGUUUGAUGGUAAUAAUUGCCACCGCGAUCUAAGGUGCAGGCAGCGCCAUCUCUUGGUAGACAAAGUUAACUACUAGUUUUUUAAAUCAUUUUUAACCGUGUAGGGGGAUUCAACCAGUCUUCUGACAGGUGCAUUUUUUCUUAUCGGCAAUUGAUAUUUGGUGAACUUUACAAGUAAUCAUUUAUAACAAAUGUUUCAAGAUCUUAAUAUAAUCAAUUACUUGUCACUUGUCAGUUUACCUGUUCUAUGAAAUUACUAUUAUACGCUGCUGUGUAGUACGUACGAAUGUUCGGCCAUAUUAAUCAAGUACACAAAUAAGUUACCUGAGUUUUAAUGGAUUUGACUAGUAGUAGUCUAGGGCAUGAAUAUAUUUAUAAUCUAAAGGGGGUUUUAGUAUUAACUUUCCAUACUAUUAUGUCGGUGUUACGUAUUUCUCAUUAGGAUAGUAUUUCUCAUUUUAAGUAUUAAAAUAUUUUACUUCACGACGUGCUUCUUUUCAACUUAUUGAUAAAAUUGGCGUAUGAAAUAUUAUUUUUAUGUUAAUUAAAAAUGUGAAAUGGUAUGCUUUGAAUUUGCACCAUUUUUUUUUAUUAAAUUGGCAGAAUGUUUAUCACAAUCUCGCUAAAAAUGCAGAUGCAAUCUAUGUUACAAAGUUGCAAUUUUGUUAAUGGUUUCGAAAAUACUAUUAGCGCUGCCGUAUACAAAAUUGCGGCCAUAAUUAAGAUUAACUAAUAAUACUCGUAUGGGAUAAACAGCUUUAUUUAUACACACUUUAGUCCUCAUUAUCAACAAGUUGGAAAAAAGCGAAUCUUAAAAAUAUAACUGUACCAAAAAUAUUUUGAUUACUAGUUUAGGAUCGACUGUCUAAUGUAUUUCAUUGUUUAUUUUAACGUCGUAUUAUUCGAAGCUCAACUUUGGCUCUUGUGAUCGGUAGCUAUAAUUUUUCUUUUUUAAUCUGAAAAAUAAUGAUUUGGCUGUAAGUGGCUUUUCACUGCUCCCUCCAUACGUGGGACUGAUAAAUAUGCGCCAAGAUCGGCCAAAUUAGAAUUUUAAAGAUUUAUUAUAAAUUUUUAAUGAAUGUCGCCAAUUGAAAUUGUUCAGUACAAACGCGUAGCGGUUACUAGUGGAGAUUCGUAGCCAUUUCUUAUCGAAAUUUAUGUACGUGGGCGAAAUAAAUUAUUAGAUGGAAUCAUAA